GUUACACCAUGAGAUACAUACAAAUACUUUAGUUGACACAAAUCGGACCAAUUAAUAAUAAAGAAACACAUGUUGGAAACUAAAAUAAUCGCGAUAAUUGAGGCACAGUGUAAAAGUAACUGCAAUAAAUCAAAAAAGAAUCAUUUUGAUCUAAUAGUGGAAUAAUAAACAUAAGAUCACUUUAUUAAAAUGGUGCGUUAUGCGGCUUUAAAAGGUUUGUACGAAGUGGAGAAGACGAUAGGAUGUGGUGGAUUUGCCAAAGUCAAGUUAGCCACCCACUUGGGCACUGGAGAAAAGGUUGCCAUAAAAAUAAUGGACAAAGCUUUACUUGGAGAUGACUUGCCUCGAGUUAAAUUAGAGCUUAAAGCUCUAAAGUCUUUGUCCCAUGAACAUAUCUGCAAAUUAUAUCAGGUCAUUGAAACCGAAACACAUUUUUUUAUAGUGGUUGAAUAUUGUUCUGGUGGGGAAUUGUUUGAUCACAUUGUUGAAAAGAAUCGUUUAUCCGAGUCAGAAAGUAGGAUGUUCUUUAGGCAGAUUGUAUCAGCUGUAGCUUACAUACAUAGCUUGGGAUAUGUUCAUCGUGAUUUAAAACCAGAAAAUGUGCUAUUAGAUAGAUAUCAAAAUUUAAAACUGAUAGACUUUGGAUUGUGUGCAAAGCCUGAGGGUGGUGUAAAAAGUCCCUUGUUUACAUCUUGUGGCUCACCUACUUAUGCAGCCCCAGAACUGGUUUUAGGCAAGCAAUAUUUGGGGCCUGAAGUAGAUGUUUGGGCCAUGGGAGUGCUACUCUAUGCUCUUCUAGUUGGAUCUUUGCCCUUUGAUGAUAUUAACAUUGACAAUUUGUACAAGAAAAUUUUGAGUGGAAACUACGAUGAGCCGUCAUUUUUGUCUAAGGAAAGUAGUAGGCUGAUCAAGUCCAUGCUUCAGGUGGAUGCAAAAAAACGAAUUACUAUAAAAGAACUUAUGUCGCAUCCCUGGCUUACUUUGGGAAUUUUGGAUCCGGUUCAAGUGUACGCUGAAAACUCGAAGGUUUACGACAAGGACUGUGUCCAUGUUAUGGCCAAUCACUAUCAAGUCGAUCCCGAAGUCAUGUGGAAGUAUCUCAAGAGUUGGCGGUAUGAUUACCACACCUCGACGUACUUUCUGUUGAUGUCCAUGAAGAAACGCGGUUCUAGUCUUAAAAUAAGUGGUCAUAAAUUGCCUUUAAGGGAAAGAAAUAAAAAUGGGGAUAAAGAACAAGUGCCAAAGACUGAAGGAGCUGAUGUAUCAACUCCUAAAAAAACUACUAAAGAUGCUACUUUCAAAACAAGCACGCCCAAGCAGGAUGAGCUAGAAAGUAAUAUUGGAACGCCACAGAUGAACCACGGUCCCAGGCAAUUCCUGGAACCAAAAAGACCAACGAAUGCUAUAAGGAAACCGUUAAAGAGAAUCAGAAGUCCGACGCUAGAUGGAGAUGGAUCGCCAGUGCCAGCUAAGAAAGCGACACCAGGAAAGUCUACGCCAAUAAGAACUCCUGAUCAGAAAAGAACGGCGACAAACGCCGCAGAAACUCCGGGAUCGGCGCGAAGGAUGCUGGACAGCAUAGAGCGGUCGCUGCAUAAGGUGAGGCACGUCCUCACGCCCAAGAAGCGGCUAUCGACGGACGGCGGGACGCGGCCCGCAUCUCUCACGAACAAGAACUUGUGCAACGUGUCGACAACACAAUGCCGGAAUCCCGACUUCGUUAUCCACGAAUUAUCAAAAGCGCUCGAGGCCAAAGGAAUUGUGUGCCAUAGGAAAGGAUACAGCAUACGAGGCAAAUUUGAACCUAGUCAACGUUUUGGAGGUUGUUCGUUUGAGUUGGAGAUUUGUUAUCUACCGACAUUGACUGCCAACGGUCAAAACAACAACCGCGUCUGUACUCCUACGAAAUCAGUACUUAAAAAUGGACCUUUGAACUACAACAACACCCCUAAAUCUGCUGAGGAGAUGCCUUAUGUGGGUAUCAGAAGGAAGAGACUGAAAGGGGACUCGUGGUGUUACAAGAGAGUUUGUGAGCAGGUUUUGGCACUUACUGCGACUGAUCUCAAAGAGAAUUGUGGUAUAACAGAGUCGGCGGUCUAAAACGAAACAGUCUGGAACUGGUAUAAAAUUAAGUCUGGUAAAAUACUCUAUACGUUACAUUUUUUAUAUUUACUAUUCAUAUAUAUUACUAUAAAUCUGACUAAGGCGUUAUAUUAUUAAUUUUAAUGCUAAUAUUAUAUUAUUACUGUACUAAUAUUCUUUUAUAAUUACAUAAAUAUAUUUAUACUUAAGUACGAUUUA